AUGACAAUUAAGUUAGUCAUUAGAGGGUGUACUCUGAAUAUUUAUAGCGCCUAUGCACUGCAAGUGGGUUUGGACGAGAAGGAGAAAAAGAGAUUUUGGGAGGUUUUGGAUGAGGUGGUGAGAGACAUGCCUAGUUCAGAGAAGAUUUUUGUAAGAGGAGAUUUUAAUGGGCACAUCGGGUCACUGCAAAGAGGCUAUCAUAAUGUGCAUGGAGGCUUUGGUUUUGGGGAUAGGAAUGAUGAUGAAGCUGCUCUUUUGGAUUUUUCAAGGGCCUUUGGUUUGGUGGUAGUGAACUCAAAUUUCUUGAAGAAGGAGGACCACUUGAUUACCUUUCGAAGUGUGGUAGCCAAGACUCCAAUUGCCUUUUUGCUGAUUAGGAAGGGGGAUAGAGAAUUUGUUUAA